AUGUUUCAGGAAUUAUCGGUCGGUGAUGGCUUUUCCGAUUUCUCGAAAAGAACAAACAAGGAAGGUGGAACAAACAGAAAAUUUUCGGGACUGAUUCUUUUCAUGAGAAAGCUAGGUAAAAAGUUAGCUUUUAUAAAAUUGUUAUCAAUACUUGGAGAGCAAACCUUGGACAGAAGAAAUGAAAAUUGUUUGCUACAUGAUGAUGAUCAAUUCUUGAGGGAUUAUUGUAUGAAAAAUAUUGAAUAUGUUUCGGAGUUUACUCUUCAAUUUAUGAUUAGAGGAGAAGAAGAAUGGGUGAAAGAAUUGCAUGUUGGAAAUUGGAUUGAAUGUUGGGUGAAAAAAGAUAAUUUGAAUUCAAAAUCACCUCCACAAAUUUAUUCGUUUAAUUAUUUGAAAAAUAUGGAAAAUUGGGCCAACAACCCAGAGACUAUGAUUAUUCUUGAUACACUUCGGCAACGAUAUACAGAGGAAGAAGAAGAAACAGAGAGUCACAAACAAUCAAAACGAAAACUUUGCAAUAAUUUUAAAUUAGGAUUGGAAUGUACAGACAAAAAUUGUGACAGAAGGCACUUCUUUAUUAAUGAAAGGGAAAAAGAGCAAAAUUAUAGGGAUGAAAACGAUCCAUAUUGUGGAAUUAAUUUUCAAAAAUCAAAUCCACUUUCAAGAAUGAUCAAUGACAAUUCAGCAUUAACGGAUUCUCGAUUUUCAAAUGCAGACCUCGUAGAUUGCACUCCAAAGUUUACCCCUGUUGAAAAAUUGAAUAGGACUCGAAGAGCUCAAAUUUUUGCCAAAUACUUGGUGGACCAUUUUGGAAAGGAAUUUCUUUCAUCUGGAGUUGUGCUAGAUGUGGCAGGAGGAAAGGGUGAAGUUUCGUUUUACUUGUGGACCGAGUAUCAUAUCAAAUCCAUUGUCAUUGAUCCAAGAGAAGCAACUCUUUCAGAAAAACAACUACAAAAACUGCAAGAAACAGGUACUAGCUUACAAUACAUUCAUGAAUAUUUCACAAAUUCAGAACUAGAUUGGAGCGUGCAAUUUCGAGAGCUGAUCAUGAACAGUUCAAUAAUUGUUGGUCUCCAUCCAGACCAAGCCACAGAAGCCAUUAUUGACGUUUCACUCCGAUACAAUAAGGCAGCAGUGGUGGUGCCGUGUUGUGUCUUUCCUUCCCUUUUUCCAAAUCGAAAACUAUCGAGUGGUGAAAAUGUUAUCAAUUAUGCAUCCUUUAUUGAGUACUUACUAGAGAAAGAUCGAAACAAGUUGGAGUUGGAUUUUCUUCCCGUUGUUGGCAUGAACAAAAUCGUGCGAUCCAAAGCAUUGUGA